CACAUUGAAUAGUUUUGUUGGACGAUAUCAUAGGUAGUGGGUAGAAGUAGCGCUCGUAGUAUUAGUCUAUUGUUGAGUGCACCAAGUGUUUGUCAAAAACUUGGUAACCACAUCGAUUUACAUUUGAAAAAUCAAAAUUCUGUUGAAAACUCAAACUCCAAGGAAUACUCUGAAGACAACGUGAACCAAGAAGACAUUGUUACCAUAUUAAAUUCUGUGUCAAUUCCCAAAUCCCAACUAGUUCCGGAAAACCAUAGAUACAAUCAUGAUGAAACCUUAUUAUAUGCCUGUCAGUAAGCCAGUGAUUCUGAAGAAAACAAACAUCUGGCAAGAUAUGCUUUAAGAAGCUUAAAAUUAGAACCUUUUUCUAUUAUAAACGAACAUGGAGAAAGAAGAAAACACUCUUGCACAUGUCGAUGUCAUUGCUAAGGCUUCACAAUCAAAAUCACCAUAUAUUAUACCAAUUAUUCCAAUGAAAAGAUCUGCAAACAAAAUGGAAAAGAAUAUCCUAUUCUGCAAUAAUUGUUCGAUAAUCAACCCUAUACUUUUAUACAAAUCAUUAACAUCACACGCUCCAUAUUCUAAACUCCUUUGUGCCCGAAAGUACAUUGAAUUAUCUGAUUAUUUAUGCCAACUUUUAAAACAAGACUGGACACUCUCACCUCAAAUAAAAUUUGUUGCAGCACAGUUAUUGGCAGGUUGCAUUUUAUAAAACGGGUGUUUGGCCUGGGUCCCUUGCUGGAAGACUCUUACAGAUCCUCGAGGAUUUCACUUGGUAAUGUAUACUCUGUUGAUUUGUCUCUACCGGUCUGUGCGGCACUGGAUGAGCUCAGUGAUUUGUGCUUCUGUAAGACCAUAAUCUGACAUUUGUGUACCACGAUGCGCGGCUUGGAAAGAUGUAAAGAGAACAAUGAAAAGAUUUUUUUUAUUUUUAUAUUACUGAGAA